ACUACUAAUGUUCUUAGGACAAUAAAAUUUCAAAAAACUAAAAUACAUACACACACACACACAUUUUUCUUUAAUUUGUUUUUGCUUAGUUGAGAUUCUUCCUCUGAGUCAGAAAAACCAUAGAAUAUAAUCAGAAAAUUUAAAGAAAUGUCUCUUUCGAAAAACAACAGUACUACUCAGAUGAAUGAAGGUGGAGCAACAACAACAGGAGCACCUUCUUCCUCCUCAUCUUCAUGGAAUAGGCUCCCUCCUAUGCCUCCACAUAGAUUUGAUAGCGAUGAAGAUCUAUUCGAAGUUCCAGAUGUGGAAGGUACACAAUGUCAAAGUAGUGUCCAUUCAGAAGGAACAAAUCAAAACAGUAGUAACCAUAAUCAAACCAAUGCAACAGAUACUCAACUUCAACCUGGCUUCCCCGGAAAACGUCGUCGUGGAAGAAACCCAGUAGAUAAAGAAUAUAGACGACUCAAAAGGUUGCUAAGGAAUAGGGUCUCUGCCCAACAAGCUCGUGAAAGAAAAAAAGUGUAUGUGAAUGACUUAGAAUCAAGAGCUAAAGAGAUGGAAGAUAAGAACUCCAAUUUAGAAGAGCGUAUCUCAACUUUGAUCAAUGAAAACACCAUGCUCCGAAAGGUUCUUAUGAACACUAGACCCAAAGUUGAUGAGAGCAAUGAACCUUAGACAGAUAAAAGGUUCUUCUAAAAUUAGGACAUUGUUUGUGUACCACAUGUGUACCACAAUUGCAUAUUGAAAUUUGUAACAUUAAUUCCUAAAAUGAUAGUUUUGAUUUUUACUUUUGAAUUGUGUAAUUCAUUAUAUUUGAAAAUGUGCAAUUGUUUGAUAAAAUUAUUAUGUGUAACCAAGAAUGUGAAAUAGGGGAAUUAUGAACAAUUUAAAUUAUUGACAAACAAUGGAAUAAACUUUGCUACCGUAGUUCCUUUUGUUUGAUGAA